AUAAAAAUGUCGAGUCGAGCGCUUCGGAAGAUGCGGAAUGAGGACGACCUCCCCUCCCCGGAGGAAGAGGACGAGGUUGCUUCACCAGCUCGUAAACCCACCGGAGCAAACGCAUUCUCUUUGCUGUUGAAUGCGUCAUGCUCAGAGUCCGAGGACAAGGACGAGGACCCCGAGGACAUCGUCCCAUCCCAACCCUCGACUGCCGAGACAAAAAAGAAGAAAAAAAGAAAAAAGAAAACUGGGAAAAGAGCCGUAGUUCAAAGUAGCGAAGAUAACCUUGACCUGGAUGAGGUCGAGGCCAGCUUGAAGUGGGUGGAGAACACCCUCGGCCCCGCCCCUGCCGUCCAGGCACCCAAGGUUCUCCCCGCCCACCCUCUCAAGGAGGUGCUGGGUAUAGAAAACAAACAUCUUAACCCGGAGAAUGAAAUGAAAAAGAUCUUUGGUUCAAGAGUUGUUCAGACAGAGAAUAGGAGAAAACAACGAGGACGGGUUCAGCUCCGUGGAUCUGUUCUUAUCACACCUAAACCAGCCUGGCCCAGUGCUAACAGAUCUGGCUUAUCAAUGAGAAUUGUUGAAAGUGAGAAGGACGGACAAUGGUUUACUUGGGAUCAUUCCCCACAGUAUCAGAGUGUACAGCUGGAUUUCCUGUCUGCUGUGGAAAGUAUGAAUCCGGACAGAAUUAUGAAAAUUUUAAACAAUCAUCCAAUGCAUAUAGACAGUAUGCUACAGAUGGCCGAAAUUUGUAAAAUGGGCGAGGAUUCAGCUAUGGCCGCCGAACUUGUAGAAAGAACUCUUUACGCUCUUGAGUCUUCUUUUCAUCCCUGUUUUAACCUGGCCGCGGGGUCAUCUCAUCUAGAUUACAGGAGACAGGAAAACCGGUCUUUUUUCAUUGCUCUUUUCCGCCAUAUUAGCUACGUAUCUUCUAGAGCUUGCUAUAGGACUGCUUUAGAGUUAACUAAGAUACUACUAAUCUUGGAUCCUGAUGAGGACCCCCUAGCUGCUAUAUUGAUGGUGGAUUUCUAUGCUCUCCGAGCCCGUGAAUAUAAAUGGUUGGUCGAGCUUCAUAAAGUCUGGGAUAGAACAAGAAACCUCUCUCAGUUGCCAAAUAUUUCGUACAGUCUGGCCUUGGCAACUUUUCAUCUGUCUUUAUCUGACCCUGGUUUGACCGGGUCAGCUGAUCAAUAUCUUCAGGAGGCACUCGUUCAUUUCCCAGAGGUUCUCCUCCCACUUCUAGAUAAGUGCAGUAUAGACCCGGAUAGCCGUGUGUCAACCCAUCCUUACUUCCUGGAUACCCGGUGCACCAAACCUGCCCUUGCUACACUUACUACACUAUACGUGGAGAGAACACAUCAUUGCUGGAAGGAACCAGAGGUUCUUCCUUGGCUGGAGAGAAAUUGUUCGUCUGUUCUUCAAAUUAUUAAUGCGAAGGGAGAAAAUGUAUUGAAAAGUAUAGAAUAUAGAAAAACGAGAUAUCAAGGACUGCCUAGAAAUAUUCACAGACACGUCCUAAUAUCUGAGAUAAGCUCUGUGAUCUCUCAGUUACCUGUGGAUAGUUCCAGGGCAGCUACUGUAUCCUGGGACCCCUUGCCCCCUCAGGACUCAAUAAAUACAUACCUAGCCCCACCUAGGAAUCCUACUGUUCUAGAUGAUCCAAGUUCUUUGAGUCUUUUCUUCCGUUCGAUCCUUCCAAACUUCAAUCCUGCUGACCCCUUGCCUCCUGCAGGGGCCGAGGGAGGUCAUGAGGGGGCCAGGGACCUCCGACACUCCGUCAACAACCUCCUGGCGGCCAUGAGGGAUCUGUUGGGUAAUAUCGAGGUUCCUGAUGUACCUUUAGAGGCUGGGGAUGAGGCUAGUGAAGAUGAAGGUCAACCCGGAGAAUGGGAUUAACUUGCGCUCAGUGAUACCAAGAAGAUUCUGAAGAAUAUUUAUUAUAUCCUAUAUUUCUCCAGACAAAGGAAAUCUAAGGUCGGAACUUUUGAAACAGAUAAACUUAAGCCGGAGAGGUAGUACACAGGAGAAAUAGUUGAACCAGCUGGUACUACUUGUAAUGUUAAUUAGUU